AUGGACGAAAGCGGGCAUUAUCCCUGGGUCAGCGGACCCUCGCCACCCUCUGACUAUGACUGGGAGGGCCCGGACUCCCUAGUUCUCAAGUACGGAGAUGACCCUUUCGUCAAGGCAGCGCGCGACCCCCGGGCCGCACAGAAGCUUCUCGCCGAUGGGGUAAGCGUCAGCCCCGAAGGAGUAUUCGCUGCGGUCGAGAGCGGUCAUAUUGACACCCUUGAGGUUCUUUUCGAAGAAGGCAUUUCGCCAAACAUCAGGUCCAGCGCGGCCUCAUCUCCUGAUGCUGGCGUCCGGAUUGGCUGGGACACUCGCGACGUCACCAUUUCGUUCCGCGAUGUGCAUUUCUACAAUGAGUGGCAGGAGUGGUUCCCGCUGCAAAUCAUAGCACGAACGAACGAGCUGUCGCUAAGCCAAGAAGGCCUGGAGCGGCAAUAUAAUAUGAUGCGCUUCUUGCUUAGACAGGGCGCCAACCCGUAUGCUCUGUACCGGGAGGUUCUUUGGCGGUCAGAUCCGUACCCCUUUCCUGGCGAGUCGCAUGAUGAACAGGUGGAUCCCCCGUUUGAAGACAACUACUCCGAGACUCUGCCUAUCCCAGGCCGUGUGUACGGCACACGAAGUGUGAUACAUUCCCUUUUCGAAGAUGGUGGCCAAGUGCUGCCUUUCUUCGAUGAAGACUUUGCGCUGGCUCUGGAAUGCCGCGAUCCGCAGGGACGGACCAUCCUCCACUCAGCCUGCCGAAGCGCAUUGGGUGCAGAUGCAUUAUUGGGAGUUUCCCUCAAGGACAUCGAACCGAAUAGACAUGAUCGAAAGGUCUUUGCGACCGAGGAUGAAACUUCACUGUUCCACGCCCUUCGGCUACGAAACGCUGAUUUACUUGCUGUCGACAAUAACGGGAAGAAUAUUCUUCACCAGCUCCUGGACGCCAACCGGCCCUGGUCCUUCAGUAACAGGCCGCCGUCAAUGCGCGAUGCCCUCUGCUACGUGCUUGCCAAUCUGCCCCAGCUAAUUAACAAGCCUGACCGGCACGGAACAUAUCCUCUGCACUCCGCGUUCCAGCUAUGGCGUCGCCAUCCGUAUUUCAGCGACGCGGGCGAUGAAGUUGGCCUUGAGUCGAUCAUUGAGCAGCUUCUCGCCGCUGGGGCCAACCCACUUGCCAGAGAUGGUAGGGGUAACACGGCCCUGCACUAUUUGGCGGUUAACGGCCUCGCCGAGCAGCUUCACGGAGAGGCAACUCGGCGAACAUUUCGGCGCUUUGUUGACCUGAGCGUGGAUAUCAACGCGCGUAAUAUAGCGGGACGUACCGCAAUUGAAUUGUUUCUAGACGAUGACGGAAGCACGGCGGUGUUCCGCGCCACAGCAUAUCUGAGCGAGUCGCUUGUCUACUGGAGCCUCCAGGAAGACAAGUCGAAUUCAUUCUAUGCGGAUCUCUUGAGCAGUACGGGCAUACCCAAAACUAAGAUGAAAUUUGGUGAUUAUUAUCGGUACCAGAGCUGUUCUCCAGGUGCGGAGCCCGAAGAUUCAUGUCACGCCUUCGGCAUCGAUUAUGGUACGCCUAUUCCCGAUGGCUUCGGUGCAGGCGAUGUGGCAGAUCCGCAGAAAGUGGCGGCCAAGGCCCUCGACAACUCUCAGAGUCUGGUAGAGCAAGUGAGCAGCGUCCUCCUCCAACUAAAGCUCCGCUGCUUUGGCGGCGAUAGCUUCGAGCUUGUGGAUAGCAUAUCCUUGCCGAUUCUUAUGAUUGUCCAAGCGGUCGAAAGCAUGUCGCAUGUAGAAACCGUGGCGGGUGAGAUUGAAGAGGCAAAGCGCAAGACCAUCAUCCUGGCCUUCUUGGGUGCUAUCCUCUUGUUUGUACCCAUCGCAGGACAAGUACUGGGCGCCUUGACAGAGUUGGCCGACUUGGCAAUCAUCCUAACGAUCCUAGGAGCCGUGGGCAAUGCGGCACUGGACGUCUACACCAUUGUUGACGACCCAGAUAAUGCGCCUCUCGCGAUCUUUAGCCUCGUGCUGGAACCUCUUGCUCUGGCGGAUCUAGCUAAAAUAAGGACUGUGUCGAAGAGAAUGGGUAUGAUAAAGAAGGUGACCGGGACUUGCAGCAGGAAAUAA